UUCUCUGUUAUGACAGAGACCUAUGAGACAAGAGAAAAUGAUUCCUUUUCGGAUGGGAUGCUGUAUGGAAAUUAUUCCAGAGACUAUUUCGGAAGCUAUACUCUAAAUAAUUCCAAAAACGUUCCCACAAUUCCAUUCAUUAUCGAUUCCAUACCAGUGUUUUUAGAUCCAAUCAUUAUCCAUAUUCUUGAAGACCAGCCAUGUAACAGCACUGAUCUGAAUGCAGUGGAUUGCAACAAGGCUACACAGCACACAUACAACAUCUCAGACAAGUCUGUUGACUUCCUCAAAGGCCUGCUGGUCACACGCAUCAUGCCCUCAUUCUACAUCAUCAUCAUCCUCAUUAGUUUGCCCCUGAACGCUUUGGCCUUCGUAGCAUUCACAUGUAGGAUUCGAGAGAAGAAACCAGCUGUGAUCUACAUGUCUCAUCUGGCGUGUGUGGAUCUGCUCUUCACCCUGCUGCUGCCUCUGAAGAUCCACUACCAGCUGAACGCUUCAGAUUGGGUGUUCGGUGAGGCGGCGUGUCGUGUGCUCAGUGCAGCUUACUACUGCUACAUGUACUGCUCCAUACUGCUGAUGAUGUGCAUGAGUGUGGACAGGCUGCUGGCCGUGGUGUAUCCCGUCGCCUCUCUGACCUGGAGGAGCGCAAGAAAAGCCACAUGUGUGUGUGUGUUGGUCUGGCUGCUGGCACUCGCUGGUACUGUGCAGCUUCUCUCCAUAACGCAAACAUUCAAGAUAAAGGAUGUUGGCAUCACCUGCCAUGACGUGCUGUAUCACACACAGGUGUAUGCAUACCUGUUCUCCAUCCUCUCCUGCCUCUACUUUCUCUUGCCUCUGAUCGUCACCAUAGUGAGUUACUCUACCAUCAUAUAUGUGCUCACUACAAAGAAUGAUCACUUGACAACAUCAUACUCAGACAAACGAAGGAGAGCUGUGAUUAUGGCUAUAGCUGUGCUGGUGGAGUUUUUAUUGUGCUUUGCACCAACAAAUGGUAUCUUGUUGUACCACUGUGUUCGUUUAGCCACCGGAGGCAGCAGUGAGGAGGGUAAAUACUACCUGAUUGCUGUGUGUUUGGGGAGCGCAAGUGUUUUUCUGGACCCUCUGUUAUAUUACUAUGGCUCGUCUCAAUGCAGACAGAAGAUCAGCUCUCUGAUCUGCUGGAGGAAGACAAAAAGCUCAACCACAACAUCAAACACAAACAGUCAAACAAAAUCCUCUAACCUGAGCUGUGAGUACACCCAGGCUCACAUUCAGGUGUGAAUUAAUGUUAAUUUUUUUGUACUAAAGAUUAAUUUAUAAAUUCAUAAUCUGUGCUAGUUUUGAAUUACUGGAAUGAUGUUUGUUUUCAAUGAUGGUCUUGCAUGUACAUAGAUAUAAAUAGCAUAUAGCAUGUAUACAAUCAUAUUGUGCACCUAAAACUUGAAAACAUUGUAUUUUUAACACAACAAAUGAAAUGCAUUUAGUUUUUAUCUAAAAAAUGAAGUUGUCUGUAAAAUUAGCAUAGCAAUCAGUCAUGAUUUUUGUUGCAAUGUGAGUUCUGUAGCAAUGCUGGUAAAUGUAAUUUCCCCAUUUAUAAUCUGCUGUACUUAAAAUAUGUGAGGACAAAAGAGAUAAAAAAUUAAAACAAAACAUAAAUUCUCAUUUC